AUGCACAUCUUCCUGCCAUCAGCCACAAAACACGACCGGAGCACCCGAGCACAGGGCAGUGUGGGAGAAGAUGCAAAGCCAGCUGAAGUCAGCACGAGUGCAAGGAAAACAGGACUCGCGGGAAGCAGUGCUCCUCUGCCAGCUGUGUUUAACUCGAGGCCGGAGCAGCACCCCGCAGCAGUGCAGGACAGCGAGGCUGCUUUAGCCCCAGUGCAGUCUGCGUCUGCAGAAGCUGUGAUUGAGACACACAGCUCCGCUGGGCAGCACCCUGGACCGCCUACGACAGGAUCGGCUGUGGGGCUGCCGCUGAGCACUGAGGAAGAAGAGGAGGUCGGACCCCGCGAGGUGACAGAAGAAGCAGCCGAAGGCUCGGUGACCGAGCUCACAGCGCUGGGGUCACAGCCGGGAGAGCCCCGCCGCCGCAGCGCCAUGCAGCCGGAGGGCACCGUGCUGAGCGGCGUUGCAGUUGUCAGCGAUGAGCUCUGUGGCUCCGGGAACUACACGGUGCGGAUGACCCUGCGCCCUGUGGAACGCACCAGCCUGGGGCUGCAGGGCUCACCCCCCGCCCAGGACACCUUCCUGGCUCUUGUGGCUGUGCAGAGCAGCCUCCAGCCCGUGUUGCAGCUCCGUUCCUGCUGUGUGACACCAUCCAGCAACCUGCAGGGCCCCAGUGCCGUGUGCUGCUCGCUGCCCAGGCUGCCAGCUGAAUGCAGACACAUCCAGCUACUGCCGAGCAGUGAGUCCGGAGCUGCCAGCUUCACCAUCCAGCUGUUCCAGAUGCUAAACCACUCCGUGGCCUACCUGCACUGUGAGCUCAAUGUCUGUCUGCAGGGCCACACAGGCUGUGAGCAGGAUUGCUUUGUUGGUGCAGAGCCACUCCUCCUGCCAGGGGACAGGAACAGGCAUGGGAACCCACACAACCUGGUCUCGUUCGGCCCAGUUCUGAGAGCAAUGGACAGCUUAGAGUACAAACCUGCAGAAGGUCCUAAUUCUGCCAUGCUGGUGCCCAUUCUGCUGGGAUUCCUGACUGGCUUUGCUGUCUUGGGCAGUGUUUUCAUCUGCCUUUUGUUUGGAGACCCACCCCUUGGCUCACCACGCACCUCCCCAUUCACACUGGGAGUGGAGGAGCUCCCCAGUUAUUCUCAUACACACUCAAGCAGCUGGCAGUGCCGGGCUGCCUCUGAUGCCAUGGCUUUGGGGACAGAGCAGCAAUGUGGCAGCCUCACUGUCUUCAGCAAGGAGGACUUCGAGGAGGACUGGGUGAAAGUGGCUAGCGGGGGCUUUGGGUGUGUGUACCAGGUCAAGCACAAGAAGUGGAGGACGGUCUAUGCGGUGAAAUGCUCCCCAUACCUGCUGCAAGACCCCAGCGCAGAGAGAACUAGUGUGAACUGUCUAAUGGAAGAAGCAACCAAGAUGGAGAAAAUAAAAUUCCAGCACAUUGUAACUAUCUACGGGGUCUGCAACAGCCCUCUGGGCAUAGUGAUGGAAUACAUGGCCAGAGGGUCCUUGGAGAAAAUCCUGCCCACUCACAAAAUGUCAUGGCAGCUCAAAUUCCGGGUUAUCCAUGAGAUGGGCUUGGCUAUGAAUUUCCUGCACAGCAUGACACCUCCUUUGCUUCAUUUAGACCUAAAGCCAGGGAACAUCCUCCUUGAUGGGAAUAUGCAUGUCAAGAUCUCAGACUUCGGGCUGUCCAAAUGGAUGGAGCAGUCGAGCCGAAUGCAAUAUAUUGAAAGCUCUGCUUUGAGGGGCACUUUGAGCUAUAUCCCCCCAGAAAUGUUUCUGCAGAACACCAAACCUCCAGGAAUCAAAUACGACGUGUACAGCUUUGGAAUUGUCAUUUGGGAGGUGCUUAUGCAGAAGAAGCCUUAUGCAGGAGCCAACAUGAUGGCCAUCAUCGUCAAGGUAGCAGCAGGCAAGAGGCCCUGCCUGGAACCCAUCAGUGACGACUGGCCAGGGGAAUGCCAGCAGAUGGUGGACUUGAUGAAGAGGUGCUGGGACCAAGACCCUAAGCAAAGACCGAGCUUUACAGAUAUCCCUGUAGAAACAGACAUGCUGCUGUCACUGAUACAAAGCCUUGUUGUGGAUCCGGAGAACGAGCGCCUUGUCAGAAAGAUGUCCCACAAACCUGCCAUUGCUGGGAACCAGCAGAGUGACAAAGAAGAGCUUAUCUUCUCUCAAGACACCAGAGCCAGUGGAACUGGUCACCAGGAGGUUCGUGUCCCACCUUUGCACAGUGAGAUGGAAAGCCCAGAGGACAUCCUGUAUCAGCAGAUCUGGAGAGUUCAUGAGAACGGCCUCACACUGCUUCACUUUGUGGUGAUCCAAGGAAACGUGGAAAAGGUGAAGUUUCUCCUGAGCUGCAAAGCCAAUGUGAACAGCCAGGCAGUCUGUGGCUACACCCCCCUCAUCGUGGCUGUUCAGAAGAGAUCACCAGAGAUCUGCUCAGUGCUGAUAGAGCACGGUGCGGACACCAACAUGCCUGAUGAGGAUGGCUGGACACCUCUUCACUUCGCUGCUCAGAAUGGGGAUGACCGAAUUGUUCGCCUCUUGCUGGACCACCAGGCUCGUGUCAAUGCUCAGGAGCACGACGGGUGGACCCCUCUACACUUGGCAUCCCAGAACAACUUCGAGAACGUGGCCCGAGUGCUGCUCUCUCGCCAGGCUGACUCCAACACCCAAGAGGUGGAUGGGAAAACUGCCCUCCAUGUGGCAGCCUGCUUUGGGCACGUCAGCCUGGUGAAGCUCCUCGCCAGUCAGGGAGCAGACCUGGAGAAGAAGCAGAAGAACCACAGGACUCCACUCCAUGUAGCUGUGGAGAGAGGGAAGUUCAGGGUAGUCCACUAUUUGCUGAAGAACAGGGCCUCUGUCAACAGCCUGGACCAAAACCACUACAGUGCCCUGCACCUGGCCGUGGUGAGGGGGAAGUAUCUCAUCUGCGAGAAACUCAUCAAGUAUGGAGCCAACGUCGAGCUGCGGACGGACAAAGGCUGGACCCCCCUACACCUGGCUUCGUUCAAAGGACACAUUGAGAUCAUCCACCUGCUGAAAGACAGCUGCGCCAAGUUGAAUGUCAGGGGAAGCAUGGGCUGGACACCGCUGCAUUUGGCCACACGCUACAGUGAAGAGCCGGUGGUCUGCGAGCUGCUGAGGUGUGGGGCAGAUCCCAACAUUGCCGAGAAGUCCGAGUGGACCCCCCUGCAUUUUGCAGUGCAGCGGGGCUCCUUUCUGUCCGUCAUCAAUCUCCUGGAGUGCAGGGCAGACGUCAAUGUGAAGAACAAAGUGGGCUGGACACCGCUGCACCUCGCCGUCCUCAAGGGCAACAUGGCCAUUAUAAAGACUUUGAUUAAGGCUGGUGCUCUGCUCAAUGUGGAAGAUAUUACUGGCUGCACAGCCCUCCAGUUGGCAAUUAGACAUCAGAAAGAAAACAUCAUUACGUUGCUCCAAGGCAAGGACUUGCAGAUGAAUACGUUGCAGAAUAGGACCCUGGUGAACGAUGUUCAGAUUUCAAGACCCAGAACUGUUCCAAGACGGACAGAUUUGUAGAUUCAUUGCACCUGGCAUUUAUCACUCAAAUUUUCCACUAUCAGGGCCUUAAGUCACUAUAUCCUGUCACCUGGUGAUUACAGGGGAUUUUUUUUUUUAAUGGCAAUUCUUGAGUAUAAACACUAAAGGAAUAAAAGAAAACAGAGCUAUAGAGGGAAGAUGACAAGUUAUUUUUGAGAGUGACCAAAUUUAUAGCCUCUUUUGGCUUGGUGAUGCUGGCAUUAGGCUGUGCUUCUCUGUUCUCAUACUCACUGCAUGGGAAUGGAAAAGGAUGUGUGUACUCCCCUUUAAAAUGGACACUGCUGAAAUCAUGCAUAGCAGUGCACAUAUAGAUAUCUUCCAUAUAUUUUCUUGGUUUUAUUCUUUGUUUUCUGACAGAGCAGAUUGGUGUAAAACAGCUUGUGCAGGUGGGAAUUGAGUCUUCU